AUGAACUUUAGGAACUGGCAAUAAUAUCUGAAAGGUAAUAAAUUAAGGUUACCUAAUAAUUCUAAACUAGCAGUAAUUUUUGGAUUAUCUGCAUUUUGUGCUGGAUAAAAGUACUUCAAGCAUGCAAGUUUUGAUGUUUAGAGAGCUGAAGCAGAAGCUAAGUAACCUAAUAUGCUACCAUUAGCCCAAACAAAUUAACACGAUUAAUUGUCACAUUAGAAAUCUCAUUUUACCUAUGGUGUUUCAAUGCUACCUCAUAUUGAGAAAAGACAGAGAGGAGGUGAGGAUGCCUACUUUGCAGAUGAUUAGUUUAUGGUUGUGCUUGAUGGAGUAGGAGGAUGGAAUGAUCAAGGAGUGGAUCCAGGCUUAUUCUCUAGACAACUAGUCAGUCUGAUUUCUUUGGAGAGACACCAUAAUGAUUAGUAAACUCUAAAGAAUAUUUUAGUUGAGGCUGUGAAAAAGACCACUUUCAAGGGAAGUAGCACUGCAUGUCUGGCAAGAAUCAACCAAAAUUUAGGUGGAGCUGUUUUGGAGACUACCAACCUUGGCGACUCAGGAUAUGCUCUAUUUAGAAUCAAAGAUGAGAGAAAAGAAACUUAGGAUGGUAUAGAGCCAAACCCAAAGAUAGUUCUAUAAUUCAGAUCAAAAGAACAAUAAUAUUCAUUCAACUUUCCUUAUCAAUGUGGAACUAAUUGUGAUUUGCCCUACAAUGCAGAUGAUAACUCCCAUAUUUUAGAGGAAAACGAUAUUUUGAUUAUGGGAAGUGAUGGUUUAUUCGAUAAUGUAUAUGACGAAGAUUUACUCAAUUGUAUUUAUCCUAAUUUCAACAAAGAAACCAAGUAGAUCACAGAUCACUUGGCUGCUGCAGUUUGUCUUUCCACCAAGGCUGAGAUCUUGGGAAAAGAUAAAAAAUACUUUUCUCCAUUUGCCAAGCAUGCAAAAGAGCAAAGAAAAUACUUUAUGGGAGGAAAACUUGAUGAUGUGACUGUCAUUGUUGCCCAGUUUCAUAAGAGUUCUCAUAUUCAAUGA